CCUUGAAGUCAAGUUUUGUACUUAGGGCAAAACAAGUUAGGGCACUAAAAACGAAUGCGCUGGUUGGAAAAGUUUUUAACAUAACCGUCUUUUUUAACCUCCAAAAUUACUUGCACUGAAUUAUGGCGCUUACUGAGGAUGUUAUUUUUGGCAGCUUACUUUUUGAAAGCGAUGAAGAUGAGACUACAGAUUCAUCUUCCGAUUUUGAUAAUGAAGUAGUGGGUGCAAUAGUUUCAUCAGCAAGGACAGAGCGAAACGCUAUAAAAAAUUACAGUGAAAUCACUGUAGUGAGUUACAAUGAUAAUGAGUUUAAAACUCAUUUUAGAAUUUCAAAGGAGCUAAUGAACAGUUUGACAGAACGUUUUACUGAAAGCCAUAUUUUCUUACAACAUUUUCAUACAAAAGGAAAGGAUGUAGUUGAACCAAAAAAACAUUUGGAAAUCUUUCUGUGGUAUGUAGGCCACUCCUGUACAUAUGUAGAUGUUGGUGAUCGGUUCAACAUCACAGUAUCGACGUUAUUUGAAAUAAUGAAGUCGUAUGAAUGCGUUUUUUGAUGAAAUGGCUGCAGAAGUCAUUAAGUGGCCUUCACAACAAGAAAUACAGCAGACCAGUUCAGAAGUUUUCAGAAGAACACGUUUUCCAGGUGUCGUUGGAUUUAUAGAUGGGACACAUAUUAAAAUCGACAAGCCUACAAAACAUCAGGAAUCUUAUUGCAACAGGAAGCAUUACCAUUCGAUACAGGUGCAAAUCAUAUGUGACGACAAAUGCAAAUUAAUAGAUGUUUUUAUUGGGUAUCCAGGUUCUGUGCAUGAUGCACGUGUCUUCUCAUCAAGUUUUAUAUAUCCACAACUAUCAGAAUUAUGUCAAGAUGGACAUCUUUUAGGAGAUUCGGCUUAUCCAUGCCUGGAUUUCUGCCUUACUCCUUACAAAGAUAAUGGCCAUCUUAAUAGAAUGCAAACACGCUAUAACAAAGUGCAUAGCUCACUAAGAAUCAAAGUGGAACAUGCAAAUGGCAUUCUCAAGCAACGAUUUCGUCAGUUGUACCAUGUAAAACUACGAAAAAUUGAACGAGUUGUUGCCCUGGUUAAAUCGUGUUGUGUGUUACAUAAUUUAUGUCAAAUACAAGAUAAAUUGUUGUUUGAUUGUGAACAUAAUCCAUUGGAUAUAACUGCCAUAGAAGAUGAAAAUGUCGCUGGUGCAGCAAAAAGAAAUUAUAUUGCAAGUGUGAUAUAAAGAAUGUGUACUUAAUUUAUUUCAUUAUAUAAGUCAUUAUACUUAAAUAUUACAUAUUACUUAACACAACAUGAGCAAUUUAAAUCUCCGACUUCUCCUUCUCUGCUAAGUAUUUACUCAUUAACUCCAAUUUGCGUUCUAACAAUUCAUUUUUCUUUU